CUUUCUCUAAUUUGUAUUGCCGCUAGAGGCAGGGAGAUUUAUGUAUUUCACGUCUAGCACGGUUGUGGUUUCGAUCGCGAGGCGCGUGCUGUUUUUCUCGAGAGAGACGCCUAAGCACGGGAUGGAAUAAGAUUACACGGCGCAUGGUCUUUCAACUUUUCUCAGGCUGAUGACAGAGAACGAUACGUGAACGCUCGAGGCCCGGUUUCGUCAAACGUCGCUUAGCUUUAAUCUUUGUUUGCUUCGUGCUUGGCUCUUUCUAAGAUCGACGUGAAUCUAAGCUUCGAGAAGCAGGGACCAUUACACGUUUUCCUACACAAGCUGACGGAUAUGCAGUCGCACGCGGAGAGCGGUGAUAAAAAUGCCGAAGAUAUUGUCUCGCGACUUCAAGAGUACAUUGCCAAGCAUCCAGACCUGAUUGUCAUCGAUCCUCUGGACAAUAUUAGGAAUUUAAGCAAUCGAUGUAAAUCUUACGAAUUUAUACAAGAAGGCAUUCGGUUUAAAGACAUAUUUACCCCUAAUUUUGUAGAGAUCAAGAGCAGAAAUGUCCAUGAGAUAGCGUCAACGUUAAAGAAGCGUGGUAUUAAAUAUCCAUUUGUUUGUAAGCCGCUGAUUGCGUAUGGUUCGAGCGAGGCGCACAAGAUGAUGAUUAUCUUUAACGAAAGGGACUUGAAGGACUGUCAUCUACCCUGCGUCGCUCAGGAUUUCAUUAAUCAUAACGCUAUUUUAUAUAAAUUAUUCGUUGUGGGCGAUCGUUUUCACGUGGUCGAGCGUCCUAGCUUUAAAAACUUUUACCAAGAAGACUGUAAUUCGUUGAGUACAAUAUUCUUCAACUCGCACGAUAUAUCGAAGAGCUGUAGCAGAUCUAAGUGGUCUAUAUUGUCCGAGCAAGACAUUCCCUUAACUGUCAAGCCAAAUUACCAGAUAUUCGAGACGAUUGUUAAGAAUAUUCGAGAGAUAUUUGGUCUCAUUCUAGUUGGAAUAGAUGUCGUAAUUGAAAAUCACACCGGGAAGUACGCGAUAAUAGAUGUUAACGUGUUCCCUGGCUACGACGGCUACCCGAAUUUUUUUCAACAUUUGAUAGAUAGUAUUAAGAAGUUGUUGAUAGAGCGGGGUGUUUGCAGACAAAACUCCAAGGGUUGUACGUUGAAGAAGUGCCAGAGCGACGAUCUAGACUCUGGCUUCGAGAGUGACGAGAAGAGGAAAUGUUCCACAAAAUGAUUGUGUAAUAUGUGAUAGAUAACGUUAAUUUUAGGCGGAGCUAAACUGCAUUAGUAUUAAUCGCGGCGAUAGUAUCAGUACAACGGCAUCGUUAUUUUGUAUUCGUCUACAUUUUUCUAACCAAAAAAAAAUUCGGCUCUCUUGCUACUUCUCGCGGUUCAAUUCUAUUGGUUAUAAUAGUUUUUCUUUAUAUACUAAGUUUUGUAUUAACGUUAUAGAUCAUCGCCAGGCGUAUUUCGUAGCCACAUACGAAGUACGGGCGUUUGCAUUGUUCGCAAAUUCGAAUCCUCUAUUUUGUAAUAAAAUCCCCACAGUACAACAUGACUACGACUGCCAGAGAAGAUAUUUUGUACGUUUUACGUGUAUACAAUUUUGCAUUUCUGCGACGAUGUUAUAUAUAUAUAUAUGCGCCCGUGAGCUGUUGAAGAUAUUAAGUACAUAUGAUGAAAAGUAUGCGGCGCGGUAUUGUCCUAUAAGCACGUCAUAUUGUUUAUUAUCGGGCAAUGCUAAUAGAAUAUUAAAUAUUCUGGUAAUAUUGCGUGAUAUUGAAUAACAAUUUUUGUAACUAACAGGUGGCUAUACUAGAGACCGGCUUUUAUCGCGGGGCAAUCUGUAUUUAUAUAAGUUCGGUGAUUCCUGUAAUAUACAUAUACACAUAUAAAUCUUUCAUUCAGUUACGCUGUACAAUAUAGAGUAUGAUAUCAACCGUUUACUUAUUUAUAUGUACAUAUAUUUUAUAUGAAUAAAUUGUACAGAGAAGCACA